CGUUUUCGCACGCAUCAUUAAAAAAUUUCCUCGUUAUCAUUACGCGGGAUAAGCAAAAGCGGAAACGUAAAGACGCAACAGCGGCGUCGUAAACGCCGCCGGUGCGCGAGCAACGUAUAGGAAAAACAUAGGAGGAGAAUAUUCAUUCUCGCGUGGUGUUCCCUCUUGCCCCACCGGCACCCCACCACCACUACCACCACCACCGGCAGGAGCAGCAGCAGCAGCAGCAGCAGCAGCAACGAUACGCGAUGUCGUAAGCCACAGGUCAUUCACCUCGCGCACAGUGUCGGCAUAGAGAGCGCCCCACAGCUACCACAGCUCUCCUCUCUUCCUAUAUUAACGUGUUAUAUUUAAUAUAAUAUAUAUAUGAAAAAAAUGAAUUUUUUAAUUAAAAAUUUAAUUUUUUUUAACCGGGUAGUAGGUGCGCGCGCGUCCUCCCGCACACAUUCUGAUGAUGGUGUGUACAUUAAAAAGUGAACUGAGAGCCGCAGGACUUUCGUUUGUUUUAUUAUUAUUAUUUAAUAGUGUGCAUGCUUCGAUAGCCGCGAUUGUUAUUAUUUUUAAACUCGAUAGUGUUUUUUUUUUUUUAAAAGUGCUCCAGCAGGAAAAACUGACGUUACAUAAAAAGUGGAUCCAUCCGAAGUAAUUUAAGCAGGAACGCGAGGGGUUAAGUCAACGCAACUACCGUCAACGUUUAACUUAAUAUUUAUCUGCUAGAGAUAAAGUUCUUCGACCCCGUAAAAAAAAUGAAUUAUGACCCUUACGCGUACCCCGUGUGAGCUCGACAAGAUGAGCCUUUUCCAAGAUCUGAAAUUGAAAAGGAGAAAAGUCGAUUCAAGAUGCAGCAGUGACGGCGAAUCUGUCGCCGAUACGAGCACCUCGUCGCCGGACCUGGUGAUCCCCCCGUCCCCGAAGAUGAUGACGACCGGCGACCACAACCCCACGAUCCACAAUCCGCCACCCAGUCCCGAUUCCACGCCCAUCCACUCGCUCAUCAAACUGGAACCGACCAUCGAGAAGGUCCCGAACCGGCUGGAGGAGUCUGGAGUAUUCGACGGCGGUGGCAUAACAAAAGACCCAGGAGGAGGAGGAGAACCGGAGGAAAGAGAAAGAGUAGGAAUAACAGUCACCACUGCCAGUGUCAUACGAAGUCUGAGAAGUCAAAGUCCACCGGCCCUAAGGCCCGCGCCGCCCUUCAGCCCCUCACAACCGCCGAGACCGCACAGUUCACCGGGCAGACCCGCGAACGCCAGUCCCGUGAUCAAACACACGCCCCUCCUGCUCCACCAUCCCACCACGCCGAGUCCGCCGCGGAACCUCACGCCCACUCACACUCACUCCGGCUCCGAGUCGUCGUGCGCCUCCAACUCGUCGUCGUUUUUGCAGAGCACCAGACAACGUGGGGUGAUCAUCACGCAGCCCCAGGCCGCCCUGGUGCAGAGUCAGCUGUGGCUGAAACACCAGCGGAUCAACGGGGUGAAACCGGAACUGAUCGGGGGUAGUUUCGGGGCGACGACCACCACCUCACCGCCGCACGUGAGUGAUUUACGUUCGCCCAGUAGUCCGAUGCCGAGAACCGUUCCGAGUAGUGCUGUGCCGGUGAGGCAGACGCCUACGGUGAUAAUGGGUGAGGCGGGGGGUGUGAGGACGAUGAUUUGGUCGCAGCCGACCCAGCUGUGCACCACCCCAACGUCACCCACCGGCGGUGAACCGCCGCUGUUUCCUACUACGUCCAGUUGGCCCCGUGGCGGUAGUCCUCUGAGCAAUCCGGAGGAAAGUGCUGCCCAAAUGCUACUGAAUCUGGGGCAAGACAAUCGGUUGAGUCGUUUACCCGUGACGAGAGCAUUGGUGGUGUCACCUUCAUCCCCGUCGAUGUCUCUCAGCACCGCGCCUCUGAACAUGGAGCAGUUGUGGGCGGGGGAUCUGCGUCAGCUCCCGUUGUCGCAGCACCAUCAGACCCAGGCGCUGAAUCUCACCUCGCCCGCCGGCAGUUUGACGCCUCAGAAUCUGUUCCCCGGUACUCCCGAUCUACGGUUGGUCGGUUUGGGGUUGGGAGGGGGCGGUGGCGAGGGCGGCAGUACCGCCCCGGAACAACAACCGGAAGAGGAGGACCAACCGAUGAUCUGCAUGAUAUGCGAGGAUAAAGCGACCGGGUUGCAUUACGGGAUUAUCACGUGCGAGGGUUGUAAGGGGUUUUUCAAAAGGACGGUGCAAAAUCGGAGAGUGUACACGUGCGUGGCGGACGGCAAUUGUGAGAUUACCAAGACGCAACGGAACAGGUGUCAGUAUUGCCGGUUUAAGAAGUGUAUCGAGCAGGGAAUGGUGCUGCAAGCCGUUCGAGAAGACCGGAUGCCCGGCGGAAGAAAUAGCGGAGCUGUAUAUAAUUUGUACAAAGUGAAAUAUAAAAAACAUAAAAAGCCCAGCAAGGCGGCGGCGAAGAACCAGGAGAAGAGCAUACAACAGUUCAAGGCUGAACAACAACAGCAACAACAACAACAACAGCAACAACAACAACCGGCCGGUAUUCCUCCUAAUUUAGUAAAUGGCACCAUCCUGAAAACAGCUUUAACGAAUCCGAGCGAGGUGACGCGGUUAAGGCAGCGACUGGACAGCGCGGUGUCCAGUUCCCGGGACAGGAACUUCUCCGUCGAAUACGCCCUGUCCAUGAUCAAAACGUUAAUCGACUGUGAUGAGUUCCACGAUAUCGCGACGUUACGGAACCUGGACGAAUUACUCGACCAUAACACCGACCUGAGCGAGAAACUGUGCAACAUCGGCGACUCGAUAGUUUAUAAAUUAGUGCAAUGGACUAAACGACUUCCCUUUUACCUGGAACUUCCCGUGGAAGUUCACACCCGGUUGCUGACGCACAAGUGGCAUGAGCUGCUGGUGCUGACGACGUCCGCUUACCAGGCGAUCCAGAAGGCAGCUACCGAACAGAUGCAACAGACCCCCGCCACUUUCAUUAAGCCAGAUUUUAAUCACGAGGUGGAAACGAACCUGUGCACGUUGCAAAAUUGCCUGACGUCGAUGAUGGGCCGGGAGAUCACGAUCGAGCAGCUGCGGCAGGACGUCGGUCUGAUGAUCGAGAAGAUCACGCACGUCACGCUCAUGUUUCGACAGAUCAAACUCACCAUGGAGGAAUACGUGUGCCUUAAAGUGAUCACUAUGCUUAACCAAGCGAAGCCUGCCAGUGGUUCGAGUAACAAUGAGUUAGAGACGAUCCACGAGCGGUACAUGACUUGCCUACGUGUUUACACACAACACAUGUACCCUCAGCAAACGACCAGAUUUCAAGACUUACUAGUUAGAUUACCAGAGAUACAGUCUGCAGCAUCCCUACUAUUAGAAAGUAAGAUGUUUUACGUUCCUUUUUUACUAAAUUCGGCAAUUCAAAGGUAGUAGAGAUCCUGCUGCUACGCGUCUCUUUUAAUAGGGUAAAAAUAGUUAAUAAUCGUAUAUAACAAAAUUUAUAUGCUAUAUAUAUAAAAAAAUGACUGUACGUUGUUGUAUAUAAAUAAAUAUUUUAUAGAAGAAAAAAACAACAAAAUAUCGGCAUAUAUGUAAAGUUUCUGUUUUCCGUUAAAUCGAUGUUCGAUUCUAUAAACGUAAGUUGCGAUUCUUCCGUACUAUUGGACUGAUGCUCGUUUACAUUAUCAUCGUUUUAUAACAUGAGUCGCUUAUCGUGGGGCCGAAUACGGUUUUUAGGAGAUUUUUUUGCAUUUUUUUUUGGUCUGUCAUUAUAAGUAUUAAUAAAGGUCUGAAUUCUUUUAAAAA